AUUACAGGACACAGAGCACCCUGGAUAGAAGUGGAAGAACCUCUCAAAUCAGAGAGAAAUUUCCAAGGAGAGUUUCCCAAGAAAAAUGAGCACCAAGGGCAAAGUUAUUAAAUGCAAAGCAGCCAUCGCCUGGGAAGUAGGCAAGCCCCUUUGCAUAGAAGAGAUUGAGGUAGCUCCCCCCAAGGCUCACGAAGUUCGAAUUCAGCUGCCAGGCUUUAUGUUUUCCCUCCAGACUGCCACAAUAAUCGCUACUGCCCUGUGCCAUACUGACGCCCAUGUUAUCCACCCUAAAUUUACGGAGCCUAUGUUCCCCGUGCUCCUUGGCCAUGAGGCUGCAGGAAUUGUGGAAAGUGUUGGACCAGGAGUGACCAACGUCAAACCAGGUGACAAAGUAAUUCCACUCUACACACCUCAAUGUAGAAAAUGCAAGUUCUGUCUGAGUCCACGCACGAAUUUUUGUGCAAAACUCCGUAAAGUCAAAAAUCUUAUUGCUGAUCAAGAAGUAAUGGAUGACAAAACCAGCAGGUUUACCUGCAAAGGAAAAUCAGUUUACCAUUUCAUGGGGACAAGUACCUUCACUCAGUACACUGUAGUAUCAGAUAUUAACGUUGCCAAACUAGAUGAUGAUGCAAAUUUAGAGAAAGUUUGUUUGCUUGGAUGUGGAUUUUCAACUGGCUAUGGAGCUGCAAUCAAUACUGCCAAGGUCACCCCUGGUUCUACUUGUGCUGUCUUUGGCCUGGGAGGUGUCGGUCUUUCUGCUGUGAUAGGUUGUAAAGCAGCAGGAGCUUCCAGAAUCAUAGCUGUUGACAUCAACAGUGAGAAGUUUACAAAAGCCAAAGCCCUUGGAGCCACUGACUGCCUCAAUCCUAGAGACCUACGUAAACCUGUCCAGGAGGUUAUAGCUGAAAUGACCGAUGGAGGUGUGGAUUUUGCCAUUGAAUGUGCAGGUGGAUCUGAAGCCAUGAGAGCAGCUCUGGAGUGCACAACAGUAGGCUGGGGGUUAUGUACUCUCGUUGGAGCAGCCGUUGAUGACCAAGAAUUGAAUGUUUCUCUCACGGACGUACUAACCGGCCGUACUAUCAAUGGAACAUUAUUUGGUGGUUGGAAAGGCUUAGAUUCUAUCCCAAAGCUGCUUACUGACUACAAGAAUAAGAAAUUCAAUCUGGAUGCACUGGUGACCCAUACACUGCCUUUUGACAAAAUCAAUGAGGCUUUUGACCUAAUGUAUCAAGGAAAAAGCAUUCGAACAAUCUUGCUCUUUUGAAGAUGCCAGGCACAAUUUGGAAUACUUUCUGACCAAAUCUGAACCUGUCCAGUUACUUUAAACCUGCUAUGAUGAACCAAGGAUCACAGUGAAUUUAAACAAAUAUUUACAGUUAACAUCUCAACAUCAAAUUGCUAUUAAAAAUUACAGCAUUUGUAUCCAUAAAAUAUAUUAAUAUUUCCUAUGUUAAAUAACUGUGAUAACUAAUGUGUUUAUUAAUAGAAUCAUAUGAUGUUUGGGAGUUGUUUAAAACUAGUUCUACAGAAGUGGAAGUGAUGAUGAAAAGAUAAUAAAAAAAUUUGAUUGGCUAUAUGUUCACAAUUUUUUAGGUCAGGUGAUAAAUAUAUGGGAUUUUAGCAUACUAUCUAUUUUUGUAUACGUUUAAAUUUUUCCAUAAUAAAACAAAUUUUACUAUUAUAGAAAAAAAUCACUAUUACAUAUAUAUUACAUAUAUAUAAGAUACACAUAUAUCUUUAAAAUAUAUACACAUCAUAUAUACAUAUAUAUAAUGCUGUUAUGUAAUUUCUGAGUUCCAAUAAGGUAUAAGCUAUUCUUCUUUAAUAAACUACUAAAUAAUUUC